CCGUGUGCAAGUCUCCGGACACGAAGAUUUACGGAGUCUCAAAAACAGAAGCUCUAAACUUGACAUGUGAUGUCGAUGCUGAUCCUCAUAGUGUUCUUUUCAUGUGGUCAUUCAACAACACUCUAGAAACAGUUGUCUUACAGAACUGGAGUAGUGAAGAGCAUCGCAAUAUCUUUGUAUACUCACCGAAGAAUGAAACAGGAUAUGGAAUACUACAAUGCUGGGGUCGUAACAGCAUAGGCAGCCAAAAGGAGCCUUGCAUAUUUAGAAUUGUGCCAGCAGGUACUCCUGAGCCACCUUUCGACUGUGUGGUAACUAAUCUGACCUAUGAUUCACUGGCUGUUGAAUGCAUACCAGGUUAUAACGGCAGUUUACCACAAAUAUUCCAUAUGGAAAUAUAUAAUUCCGUUGCCGAACAUAUGACAGAUAACUUAACAAGUUUCGUACGACCAGUAUUCAAAGCAAAAGGGUUAACACCGACUACAUCGUACGUCCUGGUUGUCUACGCGUCAAAUGUGAAAGGCAGAAGCAAUUCUGUAGCUCUAGUUGCAACCACACUUUUGCAAAAAACAAUAGGUUCCGAUCUUAUGUGGUCGACAGUUUCAAUUAUUGGAAUUAUCGUAGGUGUUGUAAUUUUAUUAAUCGUCGCAGCUUAUAUUAUUGUCAUUGCAAUGCGAUCAAGAAGUCAUCCAGAAAGAGGGACGAAAGGUAAACUGAAUUCAGUUUCUCUUUCAGUAAGAUAUGUAUCAGUCCAUUUCUAAUACUGUACUUUACAUGAAUGCUUUA